GAACGAAGCGUAAGACGUCAUAGAUCACGUGCGCUUGUCAAAACAAAUCAAGCUCCUCUAAAGUGCUGUUUCUCGACGCAAGCUUCGAAGCUUUGGUGUCUAACAUAACUGCUAAAAACCCUGCGAUAGGAACUGUACGAGGGGAACCUCGCCAGAAAACCUGCAUUUUAUCCACAAUUUUUUUGAGCAGCAAUUGGGUGGGUUUUGUCGCGGAAACCUGGCAACCCUGGAGUGGAGCGUUAUUUGUGUUAUCGGAGCGUGUGUGAGAGAGCGCGUCGCGAGCGAGCGUUGAACGCCACAGACAGCGGACUCGAGGAACAUGGCAUCCGGCGAGACGCUGUACAUCGAGGCGGACGGCUCGGAGAUGCCCGCGGAGAUCGUGGAGCUGCACGAGAUCGAGGUGGAGACCAUCGAGACUACGGUGAUCGGAGACGAGCAGCCCAUGAUCGCGCUGCAGCCGCUGCUCACAGACGACCCCCGGGAGGUGAUCCUGGUCCAGACCCGCGAGGAGGUGGUCGGCGGAGACGAGUCGGAGCUCGGCGGGGAAGACGGCUUCGAGGAGCGGAUCCUCAUCCCGGUGCCCGCCGAGGAGCACUACAUCGGGCAGACGCUGCUGACAGUCGCGGGCAAGAGCUCCGCGGGGCGGCUGGGGAAGAGAGUGGCGUCCGGGGGCAAGAGAGCGGGCAAGAAGAGCUACCUGAGCGCGGCGGAGGCCUGCGGGAGGAAAUGGGAGCAGAAGCAGGUGCAGAUCAAGACUCUGGAGGGCGAGUUCUCCGUCACGAUGUGGUCUUCGGAUGAUAAGAAGGACGUGGAUCAUGAGACGGUGGUGGAGGAGCAGGUCAUCGAGGAGGACUCUCCUCCCGAUUUCUCCGAGUAUAUGACGGGAAAGAAGCUCCCGCCCGGCGGGAUCCCGGGAAUCGACCUGUCAGACCCCAAGCAGCUGGCGGAGUUCGCCAGGUCAGAGGUCACCUUUACUGCCCCAUUACCCCAUAGAGCCAGUAGCCCCUUCAGUCCCAGCGGAGCUGGUUUUGUUCGCAGUCCUGUCCGAAUGAAGCCGAGGAAGAUCAAGGAGGAUGACGCUCCUCGGACGAUAGCCUGCCCGCACAAAGGCUGCAGUAAGAUGUUCAGGGAUAAUUCAGCCAUGAGGAAGCACCUGCACACUCACGGCCCGCGGGUUCACGUGUGCGCCGAGUGCGGGAAAGCCUUCGUGGAGAGCUCCAAACUCAAGCGCCAUCAGCUGGUUCACACCGGAGAGAAACCCUUCCAGUGCACGUUCGAGGGCUGUGGGAAGCGCUUCUCCCUGGACUUUAACCUUCGGACACACGUCCGGAUUCACACCGGAGACCGGCCCUACGUUUGCCCGUUCGACGGCUGCAAUAAAAAGUUUGCUCAGUCCACCAACCUCAAAUCACACAUCCUGACACACGCCAAAGCCAAAAACACCCAAUGAACUUCACACUGCUCGAGUCAUCU